CCUAGCCCGUUGUUCAUAGAUGUAAUGUGAUAGACAAGAAAGCGUGUUUCUGAGGUAGGACGUGUUUAGGACCACCACCAUGGCUCGUGUUCAAAUAUGGUCUGCAUUGGUGUCCUUGGUUCUAGUUUCCAGUGUACAGGCCUCGAAAAUCUUACUUUUAUCAGCCCCUACAUAUAGCCAUUGCGCAGAAGUGAGCAAUGUCGGCCAAGAACUUGUCAACAGAGGGCAUAACGUCUCUAUACUGUUUAGUAAGACGUAUAAACACAAAAACUGUCACCUGAAGGGCGCCAGCGGAACAAAGCAAAUACACACAAUUCUGAUGACCCCAGAGGCAGAUGUCCAGUCCGCGGACGAGAUGACCCAGAACAUUUCCUCCUCUUUGCUGGAUGGGAAGGAUUUCUCCAUCAUAACACGUUUGGGAACUAUGUCAAAGCUUGUCCGUUGUGUAUGCAGUAAUGUUUUAUCAGACACCAAAACGCUGAGGAAUUUAAGGGAUGAAAACUUUGACUUGGUUAUCUUGAAUGGCGCUUUUGUGAGUUAUUGUUUCUUUGUGGUACCCUACGUCAUGAAUAUUCGGUAUGUGGCUGUGAGUACUCUGUUUGAGGAUUUCGUCAGUGGCAGGCCUUUCUUGCCGAGCAUUUCCCCCAACCUUCAGUCGCAGUAUACCGACAGCAUGACAUUUUUCCAAAGGCUGCACAAUACCUUAUCUUAUGUGGGCUUGCAUCUGAUGGGCCGAUAUCUAAUGCCGAUGGACCUAGUGUCUCCCCUAGCUCCAGAGUUGUCAAGACACGACAUCAUCAACAUGGUAGCGAAGUCAGAAUUGUUUCUUUACAACUACGACACUAUUUUAAGUUACCCACUUCCCCAGAUGCCCAACCACGUGAUGAUUGGCGGAAUCGCAACAGGUCCGGCACAGCCUCUGACUGGAGAGGUUAAGAAGUAUUAUCAAAAGUCCUCAGAUGGCGUUGUCUUGGUCACAUUUGGAGGAAACUCAAUGGACUUUCCAGAAUCCAAAGUGAAGGCUUUAUUACGGGUGUUUAAGAGGUUAAAAUUAAACGUACUGUGGAAGUAUGGAGAUUCGCGGCAAAAUGGAAACGUUAAAGUGAUGAAGUGGGUUCCGCAGAACGAUUUACUUGGUCACCCACAGACAAAGGUUUUCGUCAGCCAUUGUGGUAAUAACGGAGUUUUCGAGGCUCUGUACCACGGUGUUCCACUAGUGUGCACGCCAAUCAUCGGUGAUCAGUUUUUCAAUGGAGUUCGAGUAGAGCACUGGGAAGUAGGCAUCAUGGCUCCUUUGAUGGGGUCAACAGAGGAACAACUUUACAACGCCAUAACGGAAGUUCUUUCCAAUUCGAAAUACAUGAAGAAUAUGAGAAAAGCUUCAGCAAUGUUUCACAGUCAGUCAAAAUCGCCACGAGAGAGAGCGGGUGACGCUAUAGAGUAUGUGUUAAGGUUUGGUGGGGAUCACCUGAGGUCACGUGCUUCAGAUAUGAGUGUGUUUACUUACAUGGGUUACGAUAUAGUCUGCUUUACAUCAGCCUCUGUUAUUGUCACCGUUCUUGUCUGUGUUAAAUGUGCAAAGCGUCUGUCAAAACGCUUUUGUCGACGAGCUGCAAAGAAGCAGAAAACAAGCUAGAUAUGUAUUUUUCAUAGUUUGUGGAUAACAAAUUGAUUGAAUAUAUUUUCAGUGAGAUAUGAGAUUGCUGUAUUUGUUUGAUUGCCUUUAUUGAAUUUGCCUGUACUGGUUGUUUUCAUUAUGAAACCCAUUCCAUGAUAUAUUUUUAUAUUUCGGGGUUCUAGCACCCGUUUUGGGCCAAAGUCUGUGAUGCUUUGACCUAAGAAGUGUAAAUAAGAAUGAAAUUAUACUACAUGAAACAAAUGAAUUAUCAAACAGAAUUGUGAAGGUUAAGAAAUGGCCUGUUGGGUAGAACUGAAGUGCUUUUUUGUUAGGUGAUAAAAAGUAUUGUGCAUGUAUCAGGCCUCUUUUGACAGUGUUAAAUUCAAUUGUGGAGGGAUAUGUUAUCAUAAACUAGAGAAAGUUUUUAGCUAUGGCUGUACGCAAUAAAGUUUGUGGUUCUUUCCUUAUAGAAAGUAUAUAUGUAAAUGUAUUGAUAUUUAAGAUAAUAUUUAUUUUAAUAUUUCAGUAUUAAAUUAGUAAUCGUC